AUCAUAAAUUUUAUAGGAGAAACCGGCCCUAAAACUUGGGGUGUAUGUAAUCCUAUGCCCAAUAAAGCAUCGGUCAGAAAGUUUGUAAACCCCGGGAGCACUUAGGAAUUGUGAUUUGGAUGGAAGGCUGCAAACAGAAGAGUGUGUGCUAGAAACGCAGUGAGUGGUACCCAGAACCCGGAAUACUAGUGAUUUUGUGUGAUACUGUUUGAUUUUGUAACGAGCUAGUAAUGAGCAGUAGUGUGUUUAGUUAAUGGUAUGUGUGCUGGUUUGUUGGGCGGGAUGUUUGCUUUCUAGGAAUGCUAAAAGCAUCAGAGAACUUUGCAAGCACCCUCUUGAACACAGACUUUACUGUGUUUUACAGCCGUUGGAAGUGUUUGGGUAUUUUCUUGGGUUUUUUUGUAUUGUUUUUUUAAAGUAGUGUUCUUCAGUGACUUCUCAAGACCAUUAGUUUGGCACUGUGUUGUCUGGUUGGGAGGGAAACUUGUUUUUAAAAUUAGGAUUUAGGAUCUUGAAGAACUUUGCCAGGUGUUAUGGUGGAUCCCUUAAUCCCAGCACUUGGGAAGCAAAGGCAGACGCAUCCCUGUGAGGUCAGUCUAGUGAAUCCCAAGACAGUCAGAACUAUGUAGAGGGUUCUGUCUCAGUUGAAAAAAUAAAAAAAUCCAUGGGCUGCAUCUGUGUCCCACUUUCUGGAGCUUCUGAUGGCGAGAGAAAGACAGCUAAAAGUUUUCCAGAAAAAUCACUGUAGCUAGCACCGCUGGUUUCUAAAGCAUAGACUUUCAGGCUGACAUAGUGAAUACUAGUUCUCUUAGCCCUGGACCCAGAAGAACUUUUGAGAGUUAACUGCCCAAGUGGCAGGGGUCACAUGAACUUGCCGUUGGAGUCACCGUUCUAACCACGCUCCCCGUUCUAACCACGCUCCCACCUCAGGUCUUCCGUAGGUAUCCAUGAUGGUGCGCAUCAUCUCCAGCUUGACCAACAAGUAUUUCCCUGUGGUCUAGGCAAUUCCAGUCCUCGUACCUUCCCUAAUGUGUGUUCAUUCACUUGAUUCCUGAGAUACAGUUCAGAGUCUUUUAACUAUAUCUUUUUGUGUUUUGCUGGCACCUAGGUGGAUCCCAAGUAGAAAGCCCAGUGGAUCAAAAGAGAGGGAGGGGAGGGGCUGAACUGUGAAGAGUGUGGCCCCAGAACCAUGUCUACUCGGGAGUCCUUUAACCCGGAAAGUUAUGAAUUGGACAAGAGCUUCCGCCUAACCAGGUUUACUGAACUGAAAGGCACAGGCUGCAAAGUGCCCCAAGAUGUCUUGCAGAAAUUGCUGGAAUCUUUACAAGAGAACCACUUCCAAGAAGAUGAGCAGUUUCUGGGAGCUGUUAUGCCACGGCUUGGCAUUGGGAUGGAUACUUGCGUCAUUCCUUUGAGACAUGGCGGGCUUUCCUUGGUUCAAACCACAGAUUACAUUUAUCCAAUUGUCGACGACCCCUACAUGAUGGGCAGGAUAGCAUGUGCUAAUGUCCUCAGUGACCUCUAUGCAAUGGGCGUCACGGAGUGUGACAAUAUGCUGAUGCUCCUUGGAGUCAGCAAUAAGAUGACUGACAGGGAAAGGGAUAAAGUGAUACCGCUAAUUAUACAGGGUUUUAAAGAUGCCGCAGAGGAAGCGGGAACCUCUGUAACGGGUGGUCAAACAGUGUUAAACCCCUGGAUUGUUCUGGGAGGAGUCGCCACAACUGUCUGCCAGCCCAAUGAAUUUAUCAUGCCAGAUAAUGCAGUACCAGGGGAUGUGCUGGUACUGACAAAACCGCUGGGGACACAAGUUGCAGUUGCUGUACACCAGUGGCUGGAUAUUCCUGAAAAAUGGAAUAAAAUUAAGCUCGUGGUCACCCAAGAAGAUGUAGAAUUGGCAUAUCAAGAAGCGAUGAUGAACAUGGCACGGCUCAACAGGACAGCUGCAGGCCUUAUGCACACAUUCAAUGCUCAUGCGGCCACUGACAUCACAGGCUUCGGGAUUCUGGGCCACGCACAGAACCUGGCCAAGCAGCAGAGGAACGAGGUGUCAUUUGUGAUUCACAACCUUCCGGUGCUGGCCAAGAUGGCAGCUGUGAGCAAAGCCUGCGGGAACAUGUUCGGCCUCAUGCACGGCACCUGCCCGGAGACAUCAGGAGGCCUGCUCAUCUGUUUACCACGUGAGCAAGCAGCUCGGUUCUGUGCAGAAAUAAAGUCCCCCAAAUAUGGCGAAGGCCACCAAGCAUGGAUUAUUGGGAUUGUAGAGAAGGGCAACCGCACAGCCAGAAUCAUCGACAAACCUCGGAUUAUUGAAGUCGCACCUCAAGUAGCCACGCAAAACGUGAAUCCCACACCUGGUGCCACCUCCUAAUCUAGACAGAGAUAGCUAUUGGAUUUUGUUUUUAAAUAGAUCUAUUUCCUUUAUCAUCACUUUGAUUAAAGACUCAAUAAGAACAACAAAAAUCUCAUUGUGUCUACACAUCUGGUGACCCUAGGUCGGUUUGUGAGUGGAUGCAAUUAAUAAAAAGAAAUCCAUGGCCUUCUUUUCCUAUUACAUUAACUGAAGAUGCACCCAACCUCGAGGCAGCUUCUGAGUUGAGAAUGAUAUUGUUAUCCAAUACUGUUGAUUCAUUUUGAAUCUUUAGAUGCGUAUCUCUUGCCGCAUAGGCGCUUUCUAAAGGUGCUUCCCACCCCAGACAUUACUGAGAGCAGUGUCACCUGGCAGUCCGUGUCUUCUCGUGUCUAUAAAUGUCUCAGUUGACACUCUAGAAAGGCAGAAUUGGUCAGUGACGUGGUGGCCUCCCAGUCGUCAGAGGGUCGCAUGAGUCCUUUGAGUCUUUGGUUUGUGAAGAGCUGAGUCUUCUACCCAGGACAUUGUCCAGCCGCUCACUCAGACUCAGUCAGUAAGGUUUACUCUGCAUGGAAAGCACUUAGAAUUAAAAAAAGAAUUUUUUUUAAAAGCUUUCCUGAUACUUGCAGUAAUACCAUUAAUGGUUCUUACCAAUAGGAAAAAGGAUACUUUUUGCAAUGUAACUAGAUGUUCUAUAGUGUGACAAGGAAUUGCCUUCCGAUAGGGGGUUCAUGUAUAAUACUCAUUUAUAAUUCAAUAUCUAAUUUACUUCGCAAAUAAUUUUUAAAUAUAAUCAGUAAUAAUGACUGUUCUGUGGAUGGUAGCAUUUAAUACAUUUUAUAUUUGUAUGGUGAUUUCAGGCCUCUUGUUUAAAAUCAGCAGCUCGUUAGCCUAAUUCUUAGCAUCAUUUUGUCUCUGCGCCCAUACUUUUUUGUGCACGCAUUUUGUGAUCUGUGUUUCAACCUGCAUUGCCAACAUUGCAGCUCAAAUUUAAAAGUUGUUAUUCAAAUAAAUAUUUAAUUUUUUUAAUUGCUCUUGUAUAAUCAGAUGCCCUUUUUAGUAUUAUUUUAGAAGCAUUUGGGAGGGUUUUGCCUAAAGUACAAUUUAUUGGGGGAAAACUAGAUUUUAGUUUUAUAAAACUUUUAAGUCUUUCAUGGGACCUAUAUUUUCUUGAAUUAAAUUUUGUAGUUCUAGAACAAAUAGGCGGUCUCCAAAGGUGUCAUCUGUGCUUCUUAGAAACAGGGCUUCCUCACCUUUACCCUAUGAGACAGCUGGGCUCCAUCACUAAGCACAAGGCACUGGGUCUCCACGCUCCUGUCUCCAGUAGAGAAAAACUCCCGUCCUCACUCCUCAGCACAGAAAACCAGGAACCUGCCACUGGGCAAAUGGGAUUCCCUGAGAGGAAGCAAGCGGCUGCAGCGUGGUUGUCUUCAGGAGCUGUGGGACCUCCUGUACCCACCUGGAGCUGGAACCGGAGCCGCCGAAGUGUGGCCCCGAGCAGAGGAAGCUGUUGCAGAAGGACAGUAAUUGGACACUGUAGGAAUCUAUCUGAUGUUUGUCCUCGAAAAUACACACCAGUGGUCUGCAAAAUAAAAUGUAUUGGAAUCCUGAGUGCAGAAAAUA